UACCAACUACUCGAGGAACUCGGUCGAGGCUCCUACGGCUGUCUCUUCCUCGGACAAUCUCUCGACACAAACCAAUACGUAGCCGUCAAGGUCCUCAGCAAAGCUGGCCUCGAUACAAACCAACGCACUCUCCAACAACUCGAAAUCGAUAUUCAAUCAUCCCUACACCACCCCUAUUUGCUUUCUAUUCACCAAACAACCCAAGACGAAGACCAUAUAUUUAUGGUCAUGGAACUCUGUGAUCAAGGUGACCUCUUUGACUUCGUUAUCCGCGACCCACUUAAGCUCUGUGACCAAAGCCUCGUCAAGACUCUCUUUGGCCAGAUACUCCAAGCCAUCGAACACAUGCACUCCAACCACGUAUACCACCGUGACAUCAAGCUUGAAAAUAUUCUCCUCAAGUGUGAUGAUGAUGAUCAAUAUACCUGCAAAGUAGCCGACUUCGGUCUUGCUACCCGCGAGCGCCUUUCUCUUGAGUUUGGGUGUGGCUCAACCACCUACCUCGGACCCGAACACUUUGACGAUGAAGAUAAUGGCGACGACGAAAAAGAAGCAGAAGAGUUUGUCCCUUAUGAUGCAGCUGCUUCUGACUGCUGGAGUCUCGGCAUUCUCUUGAUUGCUUUAAUGUUUGGACGCAACCCAUGGGAAGAAGCAACCACAAUGGAUCCAUCCUAUGCAGAAUAUAUUCGCGACCCGCUCAUGCUUGCCCAUCUCUUCCCCACGCUAUCUAACGGUUGCCUUGACUUUCUUAUUUCUGUUCUCGACGUCCGACCUCAAGACCGUCCCUCAGUCAGUGCGAUGCGAGCG